AGACCGGAUAAACAGGAUAUUCAAUAUGGCGUUUACAGUGUAAACCUACUUGGGUAAAGUCUUGUCUGACGAUUGAACUCCUUUGUCGAGUGGUUUUCAUUUUUCUGCGACCAGACUUGUAAUGCCCCCGUCUUCAAAGAAUUUGGCUACACUGCAGUAGUAGUUUGCUAUCUCAUAUAAGAAUGGCAACCUUUGCCAAAGAGGAUGGCGGUUUCUCAGAUCCUGUCGACGACGGUCCUCCGUCUUACACGGAAAACCUCAUUGGGACACUUCUUGCAAUAUUUGGGAAUGUGCUUGUCAGCAUUGCCGUGAGCAUUCAGAAAUAUGGCCAUGUCGUGCAGGCUGGCACCAAUGACCAGCGGGCCUUCUACAGAACCAAGACCUGGUGGUGUGGGCUACUUAUCACCCUGGUGGGAGAGGGAACCAUCUUUGCAUCGUAUGCCUUUGCUCCUAUAUCUCUCAUAGCACCUCUCAGUGCAGUCUCGGUCAUUGCGAGCUCCAUCCUGGGUUUUGUAUUCCUGAGGGAGAAAUGGAAGGCUAAGGAGUUUUUAAAGCGGUACAUCUUGUCCUUUCUGGGCUGUGCCCUGGCCGCGGCAGGGACCUACCUCUUUGUGACGUUUGGACCCAACUCCCACGAGAAGCUAAAUGCAGAGAACAUCAUUAAGCAUGUGAUUGGAUGGCCAUUCCUACUGUAUUUGCUUCUUGAAAUCAUCGCCUUCUGUCUGCUGCUCUAUUUCUACAAACAGCGCAAUGCCAAUUACCUCAUCAUCAUCCUCAUGCUAGCCGCACUGCUGGGGUCGGUGACGGUGAUCACGGUGAAGGCCGUGGCCGGGAUGAUGGUGCUAAGCAUCCAGGGCUCCAUGCAGCUGGGAUACCCCAUCUUCUACGUGAUGCUCGUCUGCAUGGUCGCCACCGUCAACUUCCAAGCCAGGUUUUUGUCCCAGGCGUCGUGCCUGUACGACUCGUCGCUUAUUGCAAGUGUAAACUACAUCCUGUCCACAACCUUCGCUAUUGUAUCAGGAACCAUUUUUUAUCUGGAAUUUAACCAUGAAGACAUCCUCCACAUCUGCAUGUUCCUGUUGGGAUGCUUCAUCUGCUGUCUGGGGGUCUUCCUCAUCACCAAGAACCGCAAGAAGGCCAAAGCGUUCGAGCCCUACGUCACCAUGGACAUGGUUCAAGGCGUUCCCACCAUUCAUGACAAGGGCUGGGCAGUUCAACCCGACUACAACGGCUCCUUCUCGUACGGCGCGCUGGUCAACAAUGACAGCGUUGCCCCGGCAACCCUCCCUGUGAGCCAGGAGCACGUCACCGUGGCACCCACCCCCCAGAAAAACUCCGAGCUGAAGAGAGAUUAACGGGGGUCCCCGCCCCCCCAGAAAGCCUCCGAGCCGAAGAGAGACUAACGGGGAUCCUCCUGAGUGAAGGGGUCACCCCCUCAUUCCACUCCCAUUCUUCUGACCACACCUCAUUUGCGCACGGAGCCAGAGCAGGUGGGACCCCCUCAUUCCACACCCCCUCUCCCCACCAAACCUACCCCUCCUCAUGGAGCUGGAGCUGGAGUCCGACGGGCCCCAGGCGUCUCAGCCCCACCGCUCUGUGGGCAGGGCCGGUACCUCCUUCCUCACCAGAGACUGACAGGAAGUCUUUGAUUUUACUGUUGACGUUUGAGAAACAGAACAUGUUGUUUUUGUUGUUGCAAAAGAAGCAAGAAGUCACAUAGGAUACUGUUGUCAUGGUGACUCCAGAUUAUAAUGUGGUAAUAGGCCACCCCCUUAACUAAAAAACAAAAUUAACAUUGUCUUAAAAAAAUCGAGCACUUACACUGUCAGACGAGUGAAGAAAAGACUGUUCUCCAUUCUUUAUUAUUCAUCUGAUCUAGAGAGCUGUUGUGGUGCAGUCGCAUUCCCCACGUAGUGCGGACUACACCUGGGUAUGUCUCCACUGACCACACCUGGAUACGUCUCUACUGACCACACCUGGAUACGUCUCCACUGACCACACCUGUAUACUUUACCUCGGCCCACUGGCUGUAAGAAGACAAGCCACUCCAAUAGGGACUGUUGUUUAGUCGUGUCUUUUUUGGUUUGUUUUCUCUCUCUCUGACUUCCUGUUUUUUGACAGGUACUUUAAACAUGUUCUUGUAACUCACCAAGCUGAAAGCUUUGUUGACAUGUGUGGUGUUGUCUUUCCUGUUAAGUUCCUUCCUCGGUGUACAGAAAGCCCUGAGAGAUUUAAAAAAACAAAAGCUGCUACCAGGAACAAAGAUGAAAUUAUACAAAAACAGAGGUGAUCUGAGACAGUGGGAUGGGUGACGAAUCAGGCUCUCAGUUGGUACUGAAUGAGAUGUCAGCACACUAUGGUACUGGAUGAGAUGUCAGCACAGCACACUCUAUGGUACUGCAUGAGAUGUCUGCACACUCUAUGGUACUGCAAAAAUGAAUGACUUUGAAACCAAGCCACAUUCCAAAGCAGUUAUGUAGUGGGAAAAAAAUCUGUCUUUGUGGUUUUGUUCCUCCUUCCUUCGUGUUUGGAGAAAAGUCAUAGAGUAGUAAAGUAAGAGAACGUGAGGAUCAUGGUUACAGAAAAACAGAUUAGUUGUUUUUAUAAGUGUCAUUACCAGUGGCUUUUAAUGAAGUGCAAUCCUGUUGAGGUUGAGAGUGAGAAAUGUAUUGCUGCGCAUCACUACUCCAGGAAGUAGUGUAGACCAAUGAGAUGCAAGCGUUUGUUAAGACUGCCUUAUCCUGGAAGUUCUUCAACUGGAUGUCAAAUUAACCUUUGUGGUCUCCAUAAUUUCCAAGUGCCUAGUACUCUCUGAUUUUCAUGUGCUGUGGGCAGGUACGCUCUUAAGUUGUGUGGCUUUUUCAUGAUGCUGUUUGUCUUAAAGAAAUAACGAUUCCAUUCUUUUUGGAGUAUUUAAUGUGGGUGUUCAGGUACAGAUGAAGAUUGAAAGCCUUUAAUGAAUAAUAUUUGCUGUGUUCAUGGUUUUGGAUUUUAUUGUACUGAUGUCAUAAGUUGUCAAAUAUUAAUUUAUUACUC